UAUGGAAAAUCCAAUAAAUAUAAGCAAUUUUGUUUUUGUUUAUAGUUGGAAAUAAACGGUUAUAUUAAACAUUUGAGCGAACCAAGUAAUAAGACCGGGUGGUUCAAUUUUAAUAAGACCGUUACUUCCUUUAUAUAGAACAAAUCACAAGAAAGAACGAAAGGUAGUUUACUUAUAUAACCUGUAAAUAUGUCGGAGAGUGGCAGCGGAGACACCGCAGAGAGUGUUAGAGGUGAACACUCAUUGUCGUGGAGACUGAACGUGAAGGACUUUAAAUUGCCACGUCAUCACCAUCAUCAUCAUCAUGAUCAACGUCCACGUUCCUUCACUUUCAGUGGCCUUGUUCGCAAACCAAAGAAGCAACGCAAGGUUGCAGAAUAUUACAAGAAACAGGAAAGGCUCCUUGAAGGAUAUAAUGACAUGGAUACUAUGACUCAAACGGGACUUUUCCCAGGAACUCUUACUGAGGAUGAAGAGAAGCAACUAGCAAAGAGUGAGAGAGUAGCGGUGAAUGUGUCAAAUGCAGUUAACUUGGUACUAUUUACAGCAAAAUUAUAUGCUUCAAUUGAGAGCAGAUCAUUAGCAGUGAUAGCUUCCACACUGGAUUCUCUCUUGGAUCUCUUGUCAGGCUUCAUAUUGUGGUUCACUGCUAAUGCAAUGAAAACACCAAACCAUUAUCACUAUCCUAUUGGAAAGAAACGAAUGCAGCCAGUGGGUAUCAUUGUUUUUGCAUCAGUGAUGGCAACCUUAGGAUUGCAGGUUUUGAUUGAGUCUGCCCGGCAACUUAUUUCAAAGACUAAGCCUGAAAUGGAUCAAAGAGAGUUCAAAUGGAUGAUCACGAUCAUGGUAUCUGUGACCGUUGUCAAGUUCAUUUUAACGAUCUAUUGUCGAAGAUUUACGAACAAAAUUGUCAAAGCCUAUGCACAAGAUCAUUGUUUCGAUGUUAUUACUAAUUCAGUUGGAUUAGCUGCUGCUGUGUUAGCUGUCAAGUUCCAUUGGUGGAUUGAUCCAAUGGGUGCUAUUAUUAUAGCAUUGUACACAAUUAAUACAUGGGUGAAGACAGUGAUUGAGAAUGUAUCAUCUCUUAUUGGAAGGACAGCACCACCUGAUUUUCUAGCAAAGUUGACAUAUCUAAUAUGGAAUCACCAUGAAGAAGUUAAGCACAUAGAUACUGUGAGAGCAUACACAUUUGGUGCUGAUUACUUUGUUGAAGUAGACAUUGUGUUGCCAAAAGACAUGCCUUUAAAUCAAGCACACAAUAUUGGUGAGACACUUCAAGAGAAGCUUGAGCAACUUCCUGAAGUUGAAAGAGCUUUUGUGCACAUUGAUUUUGAAUUUACUCACAGGCCUGAACACAAGAUGAUGGUGUAAGUAAUAAAUAGUAUUGAUGUCACAUAACACAUUGAUUAUUAUUUUUAUUUAUUUAUUUUUUUUAAAUUAUACAUAUGAGACUAGGUGUUCCUUUCUUAUGUUACUGAUCUAUUAGUAUCAUACAGUGUAAAUGAGAAUAUAAAAAUGAUUUGGAUUUUCUCAUA